AUGCCAGAGGCCAGGAACUCCUGCCACGACCUCACGCGAUGGAAGAAGAAGCCGCCGGUGCGCCGCACGGUCAGCCAGAUCUGCCCGCCCCCGCGGCGGCCCCUGACCGUGGCCGACAUCCAACCGGGCAUGGAGAACGAGAGGCUGGGGGUCGUGCGGGAUUCCAUGUUUCAGAACCCGCUCAUCGUCAAGGCUGAACUUGGGAAGCCCCGGGAAAGAAGCUGCAGUCUGCCUGGAAUUAAUUUUAAUUAUGGACUCUACAUCCAGGGGCAGGAUGGAGGUGUCCCUGAAGCCAUUGGACACUGGAAUGUAUUUAAACAGCAGCCUACCUGCCCCCAUGAGCUGAGCCGGGAUUACAUCGCCAUGAACCGUGGGGCAGUAAAAGCUGGCCUGGUAACUGCCCGGGAGAAUUUCCAUUACCGUCAGCUCAAUGACAUCCGCAUCAGUGACCAGGAUGACCGGCGCCUCAAGAAGGAACCGCCCUCUCUCCCUCCAAAUAUGACGUUUGGGAUCCGGGCACGGCCUUCCACCCCCUUCUUUGAUCUGCUGCAGCAUCGGUACCAGCAGCUAUGGGUGCAGGAACAAAAGGCCAACCAGAAAGCCAUUAAACUGGAGAAAAAGCAUAAGGUGAUCCUCGGGAAACUGUAUGAGACCCGGAGCAGUCAGCUGAGGAAGUACAAGCCGCCUGUGAAGCUGGACGCCCUCUGGCACAUGCCUCACUUCCAGAAGGUGGGCCCCCAUCUCGAUACCUUCCCCACCGAGGCCCAUCGCCAGAGAGCCUUCAAAGCCCACCGGGAAGAGUGUGCGGUGCGCCAGGGAACCCUGCGGAUGGGCAACUACACCCACCCCUAAAGCCUUCUUGACACAGUAGAAAAUUCUCUGAAGGACUCACCUUUCUUGCCCAACUAACAUAAGACAGUCCCCCAUCGUUCUGCAGGUUCUGCCUUGGCCAGGACCUCAGAUUCAGGUCUUAGUUUGAUCGUUUUUGGUAAGAGCCCCCUUUUUAGAGUUAGCUACACUCGCUUCCCUUAGCCCCAGUGACCCUCCAGUUAGGGACCGCCCUCCUCCUGCAGGCCCCCCACCCUCUCUUCUCAAGCCCUCACCUGGUAAGAGAAACCCAAAAUCCAAGGCAGAUUUUAGACUCCAGACUGAGGGGCGAUUCUGAGGCUCUGCCCUCAAGUGUUAAGAACAACCCAUGUAUUUGCUGCAGAAAGUGUGACAGUACCAUGCUUUGAAAGCCCUCAUUUUAUAUUCCAAACAUGAGUUUUAAUUGCUCCUUUUGGGAUUCCUGAUAUCUCUCCAUGGCACUACCAUCUCUCUGGGACCUGUGAGGGCAGGAAGAGCCCACGUUCCUUACUCAGAGCGGCCCUCACCUCCUCAGUGCUGGGCCCAGAUGGGCUCCUCCACCGGCACUGACCUUGGAAGGUCACCCCUCCCUCUCCCGAAAGAGAGAGACUUCCGGGGCUGGAAGCGCCCAGGCUGGGACACUUUGCACCUCAA